UUCUUUUUGUUCGAUCUCGUUUGACCAUCGAUGCAUUCUGUAAUGUAUUUUCCGGAUGUUUUUUUGUCGUUUCAACUCAACGAUUGUUGUGACAGUUGAUGACGUCAUUGGUGGUGAAUCCACUUUCGCACUUGUCCGUAACUUUCGAUUUCAUUUUCCGGAUGGCUCGAAUGUUGACGCUUUUUAUUCCUCUGCACGUUUGGUAGAGCAAGGUUUUUAUUCUCUCUGAUUUCUUAGACAUAGAGUCUGACUCACCGAAGCCUGAAUGGAGAACGUUCCUCCUUCACCUGAGGUCAAGCUGGAGUGUGAAGACACAGGUUUGAUGAGGAAACCCGAGCCACAGCCGCCGCUGAUCUUACCUGCUCCUCGGGAUGACGUGUGGAAUCUACCAGGACGCUUGAGAAUAAACCCGUCCCUGUGGGACAAGGAGGACGUGGCCCACUGGCUCCACUGGGCUCAGAAAGAAUGUUCCCUGCGUCGCCUUGAGAACGAGAACUUUGAGAUGAACGGCCGAGCCUUGUGUCUGCUCACCAAGGAGGACUUCAGGUGGCGCUGCCCCAGCUCAGGCGAUGUUCUGUACGAGGUCCUGCAGUGUGUGAAGCAGCAGAGGCGGAGUGUCGCGCCUCACCUGUCCAAAGCACCCGCCGCUCCCCAGAGUGCGGCGCUGAGAGUGCAAGAGUUGUCUGCAAAGAGUGGAGUUUGUGUGAUCCAUGUGGGAGGCCCCGCGGUGGAAGCUGCAAAGCGAAGGUCCAGCGAGUCGCCGUCGCCUGUGACAGACAGCGCUCCUUCUCUCCAACACAACAGGGGAGCCUGUGCGUCGUCCCCGAAGAAAGAGCGAUGUCUUGAGGAGUCGGCGAACUCAGACCUGGAGCCAUUAAACCUGUCCAACCGGGAUAAACCUGUGAGUCCGCGAGCUGCCGGCCCACUACCAGCGUGCCGGCUGUUGUGUGACUUUGUGUAUCAGCUGCUGUGCGACCCGCGCUACCAGGACUACAUCCGCUGGGAGAGCCGUGACAGUCACACAUUCAGGGUGGUGGACCCCAAUGGUCUGGCGCGUCUCUGGGGGCGCCAGAAGAACCGGGUCAACAUGACUUACGAGAAGAUGUACCGAUCCAUGCGUCACUACUACAAGCUCAACGUCAUGAGGAAAGUGCUGGGACAGAAGCAUCUCUUCAGGUUCCUCCAUACGCCUCCUGAAAUCAGACGACAUGAGUCUCCUGAUGCAAGUCCUGCAGAGGUUAGCGACGACCAUCAGGAGCCUUCGCCGUGUCCAGCCUCACCCAACACUCCUCCACAAGUGGAGACCAAGAUCGAGGGCACGAGCUGAGCAGGAACAAGAACUCUGUGUGUAGAAGUUAUGAGUUUCUACUUUGCUUUAUGUGCAGUGCUGCGACACAAACACUAAUCAGGAGAAAACAGGGGAGUAAUCUUGCAAAGUUGUCUCAUCGUGUUGUGCUGAUCCGUGUCAUGGUUUGUUGAAUAAAUUCACCCUGGAACUGUUUCCAGUUUGUGGUGAGGAAAGAGCUGAGCCAAGAGACAAAGCUCUCACCUCACCUGCUCUCAUCUGUGGAGGAGAUCUUGGAUCCUCAUGUGGAGUCUUGGAUCCUUUUGAA